AACUCUGGGGAGUAACGAGGGAGUUUUCGUACAGCACAAUAACUAAAUUAUGAGUAUAAAUUGUCGAUAGCGGCAAACUGUGUUGGCCUGAAGUUAAUUGCGUGUCCAAAUUGAGAGUUAAAUACCGAAUAACCGCCAAACGAAGCGGCGAUAAACGCAAGCGAUAGAGCGGCGAAGAGAGCAAGGUUCCCGCCCGCGUGUUGUGAGAGUGUGCGAGUGGAAGAGGAAAGUGUAUGAUUAAGUCCAAUCGCUCUCCGGCGGUCCAAAUACAAAAAAAAACGGAAAAGGAAUCAAUUAACCGCAGUGCUCAAUAAACGGCCAAGGAAGUCAACGGGAAAGGCGAUUGAUGUGCAAUAUUUUGUUUGGUUUCAUCGAGCAGAGGUGCUGCACGCUGUGAUUUCAAACCGAAUCACAACCAACACCCAAAAAGGCAACCUGGUCGCGUCAUCAGUGGAAGUGGAAAGGCAGUUGCCGCAGCAGAGGCAGAAGCAACGGGAGUAGCAGAAGCAGUGGUUUUCCAGAUCCGGUUUUGAGUCCUUCAAGCAUGGACAGCAAGGGUCGCAAUGUUAUCGUCUGUGAUAACGGCACUGGGUUCGUUAAGUGCGGAUAUGCCGGCAGCAAUUUUCCCACCCACAUUUUUCCCUCGAUGGUGGGGCGACCCAUGAUUCGGGCGGUCAACAAAAUCGGCGACAUCGAAGUAAAGGAUUUACAUGUCGAUGAUCUGAUGGUCGGCGAUGAGGCCUCACAGCUGCGAUCCCUGCUGGAGGUCUCCUAUCCGAUGGAGAACGGUGUGGUGCGCAACUGGGACGACAUGUGCCACGUGUGGGACUACACGUUCGGUCCCAAAAAGAUGGACAUCGAUCCGACGAACACAAAAAUCCUGUUGACCGAGCCGCCCAUGAAUCCCACAAAGAAUCGCGAGAAGAUGAUUGAGGUCAUGUUCGAGAAAUACGGCUUCGAUUCGGCGUACAUUGCCAUCCAGGCCGUGCUGACGCUAUAUGCCCAGGGUCUGAUCUCCGGCGUGGUGAUCGAUUCGGGCGAUGGUGUGACGCAUAUUUGUCCCGUCUACGAGGAGUUCGCCCUGCCCCAUCUGACGCGACGAUUGGACAUUGCCGGUCGCGAUAUCACUCGCUAUUUGAUAAAGUUAUUGUUACUACGUGGCUACGCUUUCAAUCAUUCCGCCGACUUCGAAACGGUCCGCAUAAUGAAGGAGAAGCUCUGCUACAUUGGCUACGACAUCGAGAUGGAGCAGCGAUUGGCCCUGGAGACGACGGUGCUGGUGGAAUCGUACACGCUACCCGACGGUCGUGUUGUCAAGGUCGGCGGCGAAAGAUUCGAGGCGCCAGAGGCUCUGUUCCAGCCGCAUUUAAUCAACGUCGAGGGACCGGGCAUUGCGGAACUGGCCUUCAACACCAUCCAGGCGGCAGACAUCGACAUACGGCCCGAACUCUACAAGCACAUAGUCCUGUCCGGCGGCUCCACCAUGUAUCCGGGUCUGCCCAGUCGGCUGGAGCGUGAGAUCAAACAGCUGUACCUGGAGCGGGUACUCAAGAACGAUACGGAAAAGCUGGCGAAAUUCAAAAUACGCAUUGAGGAUCCACCGCGACGCAAGGAUAUGGUCUUCAUCGGCGGAGCUGUUCUGGCGGAGGUGACAAAGGAUCGCGACGGCUUCUGGAUGUCCAAGCAGGAGUACCAGGAACAGGGUCUCAAAGUAUUGCAGAAGCUGCAAAAGAUCAGUCACUAGAGGCGGAGUCAGAUGCGAAGUCAGUGUGUGUGUGUGUGCGGACCGCGAGAAAUAGGAUAAAAAAGUGAUAGAUUUCUUUUCUCUAUUUUCUAUAAGUUUAAACCUUUCCGAUUCACGUGAUAUAUCCGUCUAUAUAUGUUUUUUUUGUUGUGUGUGUGCCUGUGCGAGUGGGCGUGUCUGUUGAGCAGGAUUGGUCCACUUGCCCUUAGAUUAUCAAUAAACGCAGACAUGCCGUCACUGGUCGUUACCCCCGUACAAUAUAAUGUAAUAUUUCUUUGAACGCGAAAAGUGUAAUUCGAUAGUCGCCUAAUUUGUGUAACCUUGCGUUUGUGUGUUUAAUUGUUUAUAUUUACGUCUAAAAUUCAAACCGCAAACCCCUUUUCUUUAAUGAAUACAUAUAUAUAACUAUAUAUAUACAUAUACAUUUACAUAUAUAAAUUCAAAGUGCGGCGAUAUUUUUGUAAA